CGUUUUUCUAGGGGARGAAUUCGAGGAGGGGGAUGUGCGUGUUGGUACCGGAGGGCCCAGGAAAGUCCUUCCGAAGAGCGUAACCUCAGAAGUAAUGUUGAAUGAUCAUGGCUGGGUACGUAUCGUGGAGACAGAAAAAAUAGCAUCAGUAAGAGCGAAUGGAUUCCAGARAAAGGGAUUCACUCUCCACCGAUAGUGCACAACAACAUGAAAACAACAGGAGAAGAAGGACAUACUUCAUGUUACGAUGAAUUAUUCCAGAAGUGGAAAAUCGAGGUCCUGUCAAUCAACGAAAAUGCUGCUGUUGCCGAAGAAACCGAAAAAACGAACUCAGAUCUUCAACAGGAAUCCAGAUCUUUCUUCGAAUGUUUAACGGUAAAGUACGAGGAAGUACUUGCGAAGUUGAUAAGAGAUCUGAGUCCUGCUUUCRCAUCGACGAAUCUUCCCACACGCCUUCGCGGUAUGUACGUUCUCUUUGGCGCAWUAGAAGGCUGCCGCGACAAAAAUAUAUCAAAUUCGUGCCUCGCCCUGCUGGGAGAUUUUUUGACCYUACAAUGUGGACCAAUUGUUGACGAUGAGUACGAAGAAGACUAUGAUAGCAUGAUUCGGGACAUAUCGAUAAACUGUCUGAGUGUUCUAGUCGGAACUCCAACAACAACGAUGGUCAGUGAUGGAAAAGAAUUCACCGAGGCGCUGGAAAGAAGGGUCAAUCUCGCAAAGAAAGGUGUAGAGCUGAGAUGUGCAGUUCCAGACGAUAUGUACAUCGAGGAUCAAGCAGACACCGAAAAUGAUAACUCUUACUACAAAAAGGAUAUUCGUGGAGGAUUAUCGAGGCUGCCGAGAUCAAAGCGAUCUCUCUGUUUUGCUUUGCUGGAUAGUGCAGUCCUUGGAACGUCCAAAGUGUCAAAACCUUCGUCGCUUCUCAUCAGACAGCAGAUGCAUCAGCAACAAUCAGAGAGKUUCAAUAGUGUUCAGAGUCACCUUGUUCAAUUUGCAGAUUUCACAGCCCGCUGCAUCCAUGGAGAAUCUGAUCCUCGUUGUCUUUUACAGUUACUUCAAUUACUCCAUCACACGCAAUUAACAUUUUGCGAUUGGUUUCGAGACAACAAUACAUACAACCCUACCCUAGUCUUCCCACAUGAAGACUAUUUUGAUGCUGUCGCACCAUACUAUCCAAUUCAAUUUACACCUCCUCCAAACAACGUGCAUGGCAUUACUCGCGAAGGUUUGCACUCUGCACUGAUYUCUGUACUGUCCUUCACCGAGAUGGACGAACCUGCCAGGCGGUACCGCAAACCAACUAUGCUAGGAUGUAGUCUAAAUCUCUUCCUGGAACAACUUCUUCCGGUACAAUCUAAUGAGGAAAAAUCGAGUCCGCUGGAAAAACUUGAGUCUCUGGAAUGCAUUUCCAGAUUACUCUUUCCUACUCGAAAUCAGGAGAACAAGCAAAAACAAACGGAUGGAAUGAAAASUGAAUGUCUGAAUCUUUCACUUGGCGAUGUUGAAAAUUUAUCGACAGCCUUGAUCGGAAGUCAUGAUGAAGCAUCAGUUGCUGUGAGCCAUGGAACAGGGGAUCUGUGUGAUCAGAACAAGGUGCUCGCUGAGAGUUGUCGAAAUUUAGCGUCGAGGGUAGCAAGAGAAUUAGAAAACCCCCAAAAGGACGAAAGUAACGGACUAUGGUUACGUUUUGUCUCUGAGCCACUAGAUAGGGAAAUGCAAAAACUCAAGCUUACGCCAGCGUAUGCRAGAACAUCUAUCGCUUACGAAGCAAGUCUUGCGACAUCUGGAGGUCCGCGGACACUCCGCAUUUGUCUCGCCAAAGGUUUGKAUGCUUUGCUAGGAUAUCUUCGAGAACACAUAAAGACCUCAGAUGAUAAUACACUUGCAGCAAUUCGGGGUGUUGCCGCUUUUAUUUCUUCGUCUCAGGUUGCCGUGUCGAAGUCACGGAAUGAAGGAGUUGAGCUGACACCUCACCCAUUACAGCCGUUUGCGGAAGAAACAUGCGAUCUUUUGUUGACGAUCGUCGAGAGCAAAGUCACCCCUCACUCCCGAGCCCUCAAAAUAGCUGCAGCUUCGUGUCUCGAGUGCUUAUUUCGUUCUAGUCCUCAGAAAGAUUUGGAUUUGGAUGAGCUCUUAAAACGAAUUUGCAAUUUUUUGAAAGGAUUGCUGGAAACUACUUUGAUUCGGAGACAAAACGACGCAUCGGGUGACGAUUAUGACUUCGUUGACUACCAGUUUGUAUCAAGCCAAACUAUCGGACGAAUUGUUGGAGUUUCAUCAACUGAAUGCGAUGACAAAGCCCCCAAUUGUACAAUUUCAAAAUCGAUCUUAUCAGCUCAGAUGGUGCAAGAUUGUCUACAAAAUGAAAUCUUUCCCAAACUGAAGGCGGCCGCAUUURACGAAGCUGAUGGUUACAACGGAGAGCGAUACGAUCGGUUAGCGCUAUCAACCGCUUGUUCGUCAAGUACGAGAUUGGCUUCAUCCGUCAUCGGUUCCCAUCUAGAAACUUUGCUUCAUGGGCUGAAACAUAGUACAAGUUCUCGUUCUGUCCAGGAGUGCCUUGCGCCGCUGUCAUACAUACUUCGGUCUUGCGUCGGGGACAAUGUGAUUAAUUCUUUUCAUGAAAACGAUGUAGUUGACGAAAUUCUCGAUGUGCUGUGUGAUGAUGUAAUAAAUAGCGCAUCAGCGCAAAUUAGGGAUUCAAUUUCGCAGGUUGCGCUGUCCCCAACAACAACAACAACAACAAAUAACGAAAUAAUGAAGUCGAAGGUGAGACCACUAACUGAGACAUGCUCCUCAAAAACAUUUUCACUCUCACAUCUAGAUAAUCUUAAUAWUUAUCUCCUACACAGAUCGAAUCUGUCAUCCAGAUUGAAAGGGCACUAUUACCAGCAUACAGGAGUCUAGUUCCGCGGGAACGACUKAAAAAACUCCUGAAAGCUAUUUCCGAUAAGUUUCCUCCAUUAUCGAAGGCCGAUGAAGGUGUCUUGCUUGUUAGACUCCCAAUUUUGAGUACCGCUCUCGAGGGAGCUGAAUCAUCGUUACUUGAAGAGGUUGUGAGUGAAAUCAACAUAAACGACGGACCGCCAGUUUCACAACUUCUUCAAGACCUAACGGAAUAUGUUUUGAGUGAUGACCACAUAUCUAAUAGUGCAAGAAAUGCCGGAGCAUCGUGCGUACACUCACUUCUCAAGAGUGGUUUCAAUAGAAACCUGGACUGUCCCACAGAACCAUUGCUAGUUGAUGUCAACAAGCGGAUUCUUUCUCCUUCAAUUAGUCUAAUAGAGAUGAAAAACUGCCUAAACUAUUUAUCUCURUUGGUAAGUCACAACGCGAUUAUUUUGUUCCGAAAGAGGCAUUUUUACAAUAAGCUCAUCGAUUAUGUUUGCAUCUGCAUGCUUUCUUCUUGCAAUUGGCCUUGGGUACAGGGUUCCGCAUCGGCACUUCGUGGAGCUUCAUCAUCAUCUACUGCGGAUACAAUUGCAAGCUUCUUGUCAAAAAUCUCAUGCGAAGGAUUCUCACGAGUACCRUUUUCAUCUGGUUCAGAAGAUGAGAUUUUCGAACUUUCAAAGUUUUUCGAGGAACGCUAUUCACAAACU